AUGAAGGCUGCUCUAGCUCUGGGCCUGGCUCUGGCCGGCGCCGUCUCUGCCGAGUUCAACUACUACAACCACAGCUGCACGCCCGAGACGGUGCGCAUCCGCAAGGAAUGGCGUAACCUGACCUCCACCGAGCAGGACGAGUAUCUCACGGCUGUGAACUGCCUGAUGGAUCUCCCUGCCCAGUCUGGGCUGAGCGCGACGACCAACCGCUUCAGUGACCUGCAGGCCUUGCACCGUUACUUUACCAACACUCCCUUUGGAGACAUCAUUCACGAUGUGGGCCAAUUCUUCCCCUGGCACCGGUAUUUCAUUCAUCUGGAGGAAACCUUCCUGCGCGAGGAAUGCAACUAUACCGGCCCGUUGCCCUGGUGGAACGAGGAGUAUGAUGCCAACACGGGCGAGGCCUUUGGCUCGUCUAUGUGGGAUUCUGAUGCGUUUGGUGGCAACGGUGUGGGCGCUGACAACUGCGUUAUUGACGGCGCGUUUGCCAACUACACCGAGCACAUCGGACCUGAGAACGAGGAUACCACGUACUGCAUGGACCGCGAUUGGAACAACGAUCUCGCUGUUGCCAGUGCUGUCUCUAACAUGGUGAACAUCUGUGCCGAGUUUGAUAACUAUUCCCAAUGGUACUUCUGCGUUGCCGAGAUCAACCACAAGGGUGUGCACACUGCUGUGGGAGGAAUUAUGGCUGAUAUCAAAUCCUCCCCCGGUGACCCCGUUUUCUUCCUGCACCACGCCUACAUUGACCGCAUGUGGUGGAACUGGCAGAAGACCGACCCCGAGAACCGCCUGUACCAGAUCGGUGGCUGGGUGGUCAACGAGACCGCGAACCCUGAGCCUGCCCACGGUUGGGGUGAAACCACUCUCGGCUACGUGCUGAGCUCGUACGACAUGCUGCCCAACGUCACCGUCGAGGAGGUCAUGAACCCGAUGAACGGUUACCUGUGCUAUGACUACGAGAACUAG